AUGAAGAGCUGCGCGCCCGCCCCCGCCGCUCCUCCCCACUCCCCGCCCCUGGCCCGGUUGCCCGGUCGCGGUGGGCGGCCCCAGCCAAUCCACACCCCUGUCCCGCCUCCUCCGGGUAGGAAACUCCAAGACCCUGCAAGGGGUGAUUCAGCUGUGAUUCAGCCACGCCGUCGCGCGCGAAUCUGCCCUUCGGCUCUUCAGGUGCUGCGGUGCACCCGCCGUCGGCUUCCCGUAGCCCCAGGCCCCAAGGGCCCCCAGCCGCCCGGCCCCCCGGCCCCCAAGCCAUCCAGGACGGCGGCCCCGAUGUCCAGCCUGGGAGGGCAGCAGCUUGCUUUUCUGGGCUUUGCUCUGAAAUUGUCAGGCAAGAGGAUGUUAAGUCAUAUUCUACUGAGUGGCAUUGUACAAGUCUCUGACCUGAGUCAGCUUCCCUAACAGAGCUUUAACCCCACCUGGGAUGUAAUUACGGUUUUCAAGAAGAGGAGGAAAUGGGCUAUGCUAAAGAAAGUGGGGCUCAGAAAGGCUCAGUGCUGUGCGCCAGUUCACAAGACACAGAAGGUGCAGCCAGAUCCACAUCUGCAAGACUUCAAAGCCAAGAUCCUUCCCACCAUGUUCUCGCCACAAAACCCCAGGAUGGCUUCUUCUGGCUCUGGAGUCUCCCUCAACCACUAGCACAGACAGUGGCUCUUGCUUUCUGUUGUAACAGCCAAGAGUACCACUAUCUACGUUUUUGUGUGGGGAAAAGCAGAAUCACCUGCUUAACAAUAAAAACACCUUUUAGAUGUAAUUGCUUUCUAAUUUACAAACUUCUUGACUCCAUAUGAUUUAAUUCUUACCACGGCCCCAUGGGGCCCCAUGGGGUUGGCAUUAUUGUUAGGGAUCGUGAAGAACACUUGUUUUGCCAGCCCUCAUAUCCAUUUCUUUUUUCUGAGUGCAUUUCAGGGCUUCCUUAGGGGAUUACCCUUCCUCCACCUCUGCCCAUACUGUUUGCAUACUUCAUUCCUUUCUUCCGCAGUAGAAGAAAAUGUAAAUUUUAGAGCAAAAUGCCUUCAACAAGUGUGACCAUAAUGAAGAGUUUCAUUUUGAAAAUAAUUUCAGAAUGUCUGAGUUUUGUUUUUCAUGUGUAGUUUUGUAC